AUGUUGGUCAAGGAGGGAGAACCGGCUACAAUGUUAGCUGUGGCUGGCUCUUUUGGCUACAUAGCUCCUGAGUAUGCUCGCCCAACAAGAAUUAAUGAGAAGAUCGAUGUUUACAACUUCGGGAUUGAGACGGACUCUCAGUUGCUUGUCAAUUGGAUUAUUAAAGGGACUUGCAAUAUCUGGUAUCUUGAGGAUUUUUGGGAUGAAUUACAUGACUAUCUUCGUUGCAUGGAUUAUCGUAUUCACCACAUUUUUCGUGAAGGUAAUGUUGUGGCUGAUCUUCUGGCCAAGAAGGGUGCUGGAGGUUUAAACCGAGAUUGGGGGGAUGAAAGUGAUAUGCCGACUCCGUUAAAAGGGAUUCUUCGUACGGACAGGAGUGGGUUGCCUUAUAUUCGCAUCUCAUAG